AUGUCUUUGGCGCCGGCCGCUCGAUGCACUUUUCUCAUCCUGGCACUAUCCACUUUGCCGCACCAAUUCCAUUGCCAAGGAUUUGGGAAUGAAAGUCGCGAUUCCCAGCUGGCCGAGUCCCAGAUGCGAAUCUUUUCGGUGACUCUGCUGGGACUCUUCGUUCUGGUUCUUCUGGGCUUCGCGGGUGAGUUAAGAAGCCUUUCAUUGCCUCGAUCAACUCGCAGAGCGGAGAUUUCCGAUUUCCUGUGUCUUUGGCCAGGAUGUAUCUGCUGCUUCUGCCGGAUCUCGCGGGCUGUGGAAUCGACUUCCGAUGGCCUCGAUGUCUACGCCCCGCGCACCCAGAGCAUCGUGUGGCCCACGAUGCCUCAGGAGGCGGCCCGCGUCCUGGAGAUGACCUUCCUGCACGCUCCCAAGGUCAACUGCCAGUGCCGCAACUGCUGCAUCGCCAGAAACUCGUUCUGCAUCGAAAACUGCGGGGUAAACAAGGCCAGGUGGAUCUUGCUGCUGGCCACCUCGGUUUCCUGUGCUCACCUGGCCAAAGCUGAUGACAACUUUACGGACCUAGACUGGCUUAAUGUAACGCAGCUGCUGCAAAUGGCUGAUUUCCAGUACGAAAACAAUACUAGCGCCAAUUCCACGGAACUCGACUUGGCCACGCUGGCUGACACCUCCACUGUUGCUCCAACGGAUGCGGAUACCCGCACCAGCGUCAAACACGAACCUCCAUUCGAGGACCUUCGACAACAUCGGCACUUUGGCCGCUUUGUCUUCAUGGUUCUGCUGCUGCACAUAUCCGUGGUGGGAGUUGGAAUCACCAUCUACAGCUGUGUGCACUGCAGAUGGAGGAACCUGAGGAAGCGUUCCAGAAUGGAGGCACAACGACGGCUGCAGCUGACAAACCUGCGGUCAGAGCACAUUCCCAAUUCCCGGGACUGCCCGUGCCACGGAUGCAUUUUGGCCAGGGAAAUGCUGCAGGGCUUGAUCAUGCACCAGUUACACGAGCUGGUCGAUUGCUGACAUGGAAUGCAAGUGCAACUGGCGGACAAGAAUUUGACAGGUGCAUAUGAAUGCCAGCUUGUGGCGUGAAUUUGGAUGGAAGGACUACACUUGCCAACAAAGUUGUGAAAAUUAUACGUUCUAAAUAGGUUUAGGAUGAUGGUACUCUAGUGCUAAUACAUGUUAAUCAACCAUAAAUGUGGCUAUUAUCCAUAUAAAACCAUUAAUCCAUCCUAAAAGGAUUAUUGCCGCAAAGAAUGAAUGCACUGGUCCUUGGACUCCUUCGUAGAGUAACUCUUUUUCACCCUGGAUUUAUGUGACCACCUAUAGUAAUAAUCCUUUCCAGGUGAACGGAGCACACAGCGUCUGUGCAAUCUGAUUAGGAUUUCACAUGUUGCAUAAGAGCCCGCCUUCCUCGAAGGAGUCGUUCGCUUAAGCGGACACAAAUGUCAAUGUUAGCCACACAACUAACACAACCAACACAACACAAACACAAUCGCCCUUUCCCACCAACACAUUGCUACUUACAGCCACAUUCAUGUAUAUUGGCAGUUGCAUUGUCAGGGAAAUGCAACAACAGCUGCCGCGGAGAGAUAGUGAGUGAAGGGAGCGGGAAAUGUGGGGGAAAGCGGGGAAAAGCUGUGCUGACAUGCACAAGCAGUUUAACAGCUUUGUGCUGUAGGUCAAAGUUCACCGAGUCUGCA